GAUAUUUUCUCACACCGUUCCUCCCAUUUUUCUCUCAGAAAAAAAAGAUAUCAGAAGAACAAUCUUUAUUUUUCUGGGGCUGGGCUUCCUGUAAUGUGUAUGCUAUUUUUCUACAUCAUCUCCAUGGUACCUAAACAAAGAAUUUGGCAGAGCUCCUUCUGAAGGAGUAUGAAAGUGAAAGCAGCUAUCUAAGGAUUUACAUCAGAGUCAGAAACAUAAUUUCUCAUGUUCUGGGAUCCAGGAGGGACUGUUCAGUGAAUGGGUCACUUUGGAUGAUGGUGUAUAUCCAAACUGGAAGAUGCAGGCUGCCCCAAGCUCAUUCAAAGUAUAUGCCUCCAACUGGGGCUGACCCACAGGUAGGGCUUCUGUUGAACUAGAACCUGUAUUCAUCACAAGAGACUACGGUCACAAUAGAAUAUAGAGAAACAGAAUCGUUUCCAGUAGGAAAAGGUAUAAGAUUUCCAUCAGGACAUGAUACCCUACAGGUUUCCACAUCCAAUAGACAAGAUGGAGAGAAGAUCAGGCACUAGAACCAACUGCAUUUUUCUAGGGAAUGAAAAGUCUAAACUCUGAAAAGAACUCGAAGCUCUAUAUGAAAAGAAUUGAUUGACAAUUAUAACAGUUGUAGAAAGUGGCUGGAAAGGACAUUGAAUCCAGAAUUUAGAGUUGCCUAAGACAAGGGUGACAAUGAUUACAGUGAUUUUGGUGUCCGUCCUAGCAGUUUCAAUCUCUUCCACCUUCAUCUGGAAGAAGAUGCAGUCCCAAGCACACCGACUGACUCUUGAGAACCUGAAGAGGGUAAGAGACAUGCUAGAGAGUUCAAGAUUAAUGGAUGACGGUCUGAGAACUUGCUUCCAGGUUUUCUUGCAGAAGUUCCCUGAAGAACCUCCGUGGGUGACAAAAAAUGCUCAUGCGAUUCUCAUAGGGAAUGGUGGAGAAAAGUAUGAGUUUGUUGCAGGAAGGAGGGAAUGGAUGAUCACUGUCUGUGCUGGCGGCACCCUCUAUCAGGUAACAGCCCCAUCAGUGGAAUUGCAUGAAGUCAGAUUAUGUUUUCAACAGCCACUAAGUGCUGAGAAUUUAGAUAGAAUGAGGAACCUAUUGGAGAGAUAUGAAUUGAUGGAUGAAAGUUUGAGAACCUGCUUUUCUGUGGCUAUUCAGAAGUUCCACAAAGAACCUCCAUGGGUAAGGAAAAAUGCCCAGAUGAUCCUCAAGGGUGAUGAUGGGAAGGAGCUUCAAUUUGCCACAGGGAAGAGAGAAUGGAAGAUCAGUGUUUUUGCUGGUGACUGUAAGUAUCAUGUCACAGCCCCAUCUGCUUGUAUGUAUCUGGCUAGAUUGCACUUUCAGCCACAGCCACUCAGCAUCCAAACAUUAAAAGAAGUGAGAGAUGGUCUGGAGAUGUGGAGGGUGUUAACUUCCACCAUGAGAAGCUGCUUCAUGCUGGCCCUUCAGGAGUUCUCCAAGGAACCUAAUUGCAUAAAAACUAAUGCCCAGAUGAUCAUCAGCAUUGAUGAGGAAGGGGAAAACCUGGAAUUUUUAUCAGGGAAUGGAGAUGUUAAGAUCUAUGUUACUAGUAGCAAUGGGGAUCCCCAGUACCAAGUGAUGGACAUGACCUCAGAUACAUUUUUGGAACGGUUAUGUCACAUCCCAGUGCUGGUGAAUGUUAGAAACCUGAGCAAAUUACAGAAAACAUUGGCCACAGCAGGCUUGUUGUAUGGGAACCUAAACUUGUGUUUUCAGCACAUGAUGCAAGAAUUGCCAAAGUACCCAAAACUCCUUUGUAAGAGACCCCAAAUGUACAUCACAUGGGAUGAGUCAGGGUUAGUGUUUGUCUCGCCCCAAGGAGACUGUGAGGUCUCUGUGCAAUGCCAUGAUGGAACAACAAAGUACACUGUCAGUGUAAAUAGCUUGGAGCUCAACACUUGGGAGCUGUUCUGGGAGAGAAUCAGGCAGCAGACGCAUCCACUAUCGAUUGAAAAACUGGAAGAAAUGAGAACCAAACUCAGGAGUCUGAAGGGAACCCCUAACUAUUUGCUUGAAAAAUUCAGCAAAGCCAUACAUAUGUUUCAUGCUGAGCUAAAAUGGUUGCAGAAUAAUGCCCGUCUUGUCAUUGAGUGUGAUGAAGGGGAGGUGGUUUUCCUGUCUGGUAAAGGGGAGAACAUAAUUGAUAUCUGCUGCAUCGACAAAGUCACCUGUUACUUUGUUAAACCUACCUUAAAAAUCCGUGCCGCCCAGGCAACCUUAAAGAUUCUUCGUAAAGUCCCUGAAUUGCUCUUUGCAGUUCUGCCAGGUUUUGCCAAAUUGUUCAUCCCUUCAGCUUGAGAUCUUGCUCUCUUUCACCCAAUACCAAUUCUAACUGAGCAACCCUAUACUCAUAUGUCUACUGAGCCACUGGAGCUACACCACAGCUCUCCCAGCAAAUCUUCUCCUUCAUCAAAUGAUCACCAAGCUCCAGGAGGUGAUCAAAGAACAACAAAGUCAAAACAUGAAGCUGAUACCGAAUCAACAUUCAUCCCCUCCUCCAUGUGCAACCUAACCCACACCACAAUCAACAAUCAGGAAUGGCGCUUACAAUACCCAUUUGAUAUGGAGGGACCAAUGAUGCAACGUUGAUUUGACCACUCUCUCAUCACAUUGCUCUGUUAUUCCACACAUUGCAUAUAGCAAUGACACUUCAUCCCACUCCCACAGAGCAACACCCCAUAGCAGUUGUGGGCAAUUCCAGUGGAUGAUGGAAACACUUUUCUGCUUUGAUGUCUUUCCAAAGCCAAAAAUCUAAAGGGAAAACUACCCCCAAAAAAACAACUGCCUCCGCCACAAACUUAACCCCCUCCCCCGAGAAGAGGCCAGGAAUGUUCCCUUUUUU